GAUAGGAACGUUCUUUAAACUGGACUUCUUUAAAUUGAAUUAAGAGCGAAGGCUCAAUUGUAGAGCUCCAGUGGUGAUGAUGCACAGAUUUUAGAGACAAAAGAAGAAGAAGAAGAAAUGCAGAACUACUUAUCGUGGGUGCCAACAGUUUCUCCUCCACCUCUGAACCUCUCAAAUCCAAAGGCUAGGCUAUUGACUGCUUCGCCAAAUCAUGCUCAAAUUCAAAUUCGAACAGAAAAAACAUUUGAAUAUCGUUAUUACGAUAGUGAUGGGGAUAUUAGUAGUUUGGCAGAGGUGAAGUUUCCAUUACCAUCCCAUGUAAAAUCCAUAACAAGUACUUCAAACCCAUUCGUCAAACACUGUGUCAAGCUCCGUCACAGCUCGUCUUAUCGCCAUUUUCAUGGUUCAGCUCUUGUUGUGGGUACUACUCCAAUCAGGGAGAUACACAAAUUUCAGAAGUCAUUGGAAGAGAGGACUGUUGAAACAGAGUGUCUAAUUCUUCUUGAUAAAGCUAAGGUUCCUGAAGGACUUGACAGUUCGUCCAGUCGUACUCUGCGUGUGAGUGCCUUGGUGAUGAAAAAGCUUUCACAGUUGCAAUCUACAGAAUCUAUUGAAGCAAUUGCCUUGAUGAAGUUCCCCACCAGCUACUUUGUUGUAGAUGAUCAUGAAAACAAUGCAGAUUGUUGGAAAUGGUUCCCAACUCCACAUCGAAUUCUAGUUCUUGAGGGGAUUCAGGAUCCAGGUAACCUUGGUACAUUAAUCAGAUCAGCUGUGGCAUUUAGAUGGGGUGGGAUUUUUAUACUUCCUGGCUGUUGCGAUCCAUUCAAUGACAAAGCACUCAAAGCUAGUCGAGGAGCCUCUUUUCAGGUACCUAUAGUUUCAGGUAGUUGGCGUCAUCUUGAAGCACUGAAAGAUGAAUUCCAAAUGAAAAUGCUUGCUGGCCAGCCAGCAAGUGAUGAUGAACUGAAACCAGUAGCAGAGUUGUCACAAGGGCUUGCAGAUUCUUUAGCUGAUACUCCAUUAUGCUUGGUUUUGGGCAGUGAAGGGCAUGGCCUUUCGGAGAAAUCCAUGCGAGAAUGUCAGCUUAUAAGCAUACCCAUGGCAAGAAACUACGAGUCUCUCAAUGUUGCUGUUGCUGGUGGCAUUUUCUUGUAUAUGUUACAGCCUAAAAACCAGAGAAUUCCUUAAUGAUUCAUUUGUUUUGCUGAGCCAAAAUUGCUAUAUCGUUUACACAAGUAGACGAGUUUUAGUUGCUUGACUCGGGCGAGUUUCGGAAACCUGUGUUGGGGUUAAAUUUCAGACUCAGAACUGCUCA